CGCUGCCGCGGCGGGGGAGGUGGGGCGAGGCGAGGCUUGCUAAGGCGAGGCGGCGGCCGGGCCGGGCCGGGCCACAGGCAGUGGCGGCGGGACCAUGGAGGCGGCGGCCGCUGCUCCGCGUCCCCGGCUGUUCUUCCUCGUGCUGGCGGCGGCGGCGGCGACGCUGGUCCCGGGAGCGACGGCAUUACAGUGUUUCUGCCACCUUUGCACAAAAGACAAUUUUACUUGUGUCACAGAUGGGCUGUGCUUUGUCUCUGUCACGGAGACCACAGACAAAAUUAUACAUAAUAGCAUGUGUAUAGCUGAAAUCGACCUAAUUCCUCGAGACCGGCCAUUUGUAUGUGCACCAUCUUCAAAAACUGGGUCCGUUACUACAACAUAUUGCUGCAAUCAGGACCACUGCAAUAAAAUAGAACUGCCAACGGUUGGCCCUUUUUCAGGAAAGACUUCACCUGGCCUUGGUCCUGUUGAACUGGCAGCUGUCAUCGCUGGACCAGUCUGCUUCGUCUGCAUCUUACUCAUGUUGAUGGUCUACAUCUGCCAUAACCGCACUGUUAUUCAUCAUCGAGUGCCAAAUGAAGAAGAUCCUUCAUUAGAUCGCCCUUUUAUUUCCGAGGGUACUACGUUAAAAGAUUUAAUUUAUGAUAUGACAACAUCAGGUUCUGGAUCAGGUUUACCAUUGCUUGUUCAGAGAACAAUUGCGAGAACUAUUGUGUUACAAGAAAGUAUUGGGAAAGGUCGAUUUGGAGAAGUUUGGCGAGGAAAGUGGAGAGGAGAAGAAGUUGCUGUUAAAAUAUUCUCCUCCAGAGAAGAACGUUCAUGGUUCCGUGAGGCAGAGAUUUAUCAAACCGUAAUGUUACGUCAUGAAAACAUUUUGGGAUUUAUAGCAGCAGACAAUAAAGACAAUGGUACAUGGACUCAGCUCUGGUUGGUGUCAGAUUAUCAUGAGCAUGGAUCCCUUUUUGAUUAUUUGAACAGAUACACAGUUACUGUGGAAGGAAUGAUAAAACUUGCUCUGUCCACAGCAAGUGGACUUGCUCAUCUUCACAUGGAGAUUGUUGGAACCCAAGGAAAACCAGCCAUUGCUCAUAGAGAUUUGAAAUCAAAGAAUAUCUUGGUAAAGAAAAAUGGAACUUGCUGCAUUGCAGACUUGGGACUGGCAGUAAGACAUGAUUCAGCCACAGAUACAAUUGAUAUUGCUCCAAACCACAGAGUGGGAACAAAAAGGUACAUGGCCCCUGAAGUUCUAGAUGAUUCCAUAAAUAUGAAACACUUUGAAUCCUUCAAACGUGCCGACAUCUAUGCAAUGGGAUUAGUGUUCUGGGAAAUAGCUCGACGAUGUUCCAUUGGUGGAAUUCAUGAGGAUUACCAGCUGCCUUAUUAUGAUCUUGUACCUUCUGAUCCAUCAGUUGAAGAAAUGAGAAAAGUUGUUUGUGAACAGAAGUUAAGGCCAAAUAUUCCAAACAGAUGGCAGAGCUGUGAAGCCUUGAGAGUAAUGGCUAAAAUUAUGAGAGAGUGUUGGUAUGCCAAUGGAGCAGCGAGGCUUACAGCUUUGCGGAUCAAGAAAACAUUGUCACAACUCAGUCAACAGGAAGGCAUCAAAAUGUAAUUCUGCGGCUUUGCCUGAACUCCACAUUUUCUUCAGAUCUGCUCCUGGGUUUUAAUUUGGGAGGUCAGUUGUUCUACCUCAACUGAGAGGGAACAGAAGGAUAUUUCUUCCUUUUGCAACUGUAAUAAGGUCAAUGAAAAACUUCCCAGGAUUUCUUUGGACCCAGGAAACAGCCACGUGGGUCCUUUCUGUGCACUAUGGACGCUUCUUUCCCAGGUCGGUUACAAAAUGUUGUGUAGUCUACCUUUAUUUUUUAUUAAUACGAAACUUUUUCUUUUAAAGAUGAUUGCUGGUCUUAACUUUAGGUAACUGCUGUGCUGAAGAUCAUCUUUAAGGGUAAAGGAGCUGGAUGCUGAAUUAAUACGGAACAUUUCUUAUUUUUAAAGAAAGUGAUUUACUCCUGGUUAGUACAUUCUCAGAGGAUUCUGAACCACUAAAGAGUUUUCUUGAUUCAGACUUUGAAUGUACUGUUCUAUAAUUUUCAGGAUCUUAAAACUAACACUUAUAAAACUCUUAUCUUGAGUCUAAAAAUGACCUCAUACGGUAGUGAGGAACAUAAUUUAUGCAAUUGUAUUUUGUAUACUAUUAUUGUUCUUUCCCAUAUUUAGAACAUUACAUGCCUUCAAAAUGGGAUUGUACUAUACCAGUAAGUGCCACUCCUGUGUCUUUCUAAUGGAAAUGAGUAGAAUUGCUUAAAGUCUGUGUGUGUGAAAACUUGUAGUGUUUCAAUUCAAAGAGUUUUAUUUAUCUGGGUAACCCAGACCUUUUCUGUUUCGUUUUUUGGAAGAGUUUUGUGGUAUGUCAUUUGGUAUUCCAUUUUCAAAAUGCCUUUCUCCUACCAGAAUGUGCUUAAACCACUAAAGCAAUGAAGUGGCAUUAAUUGGUCAGUUGUUAUCAUGGUCUUGUUUGAAUAGUCUCACAUCAAGCUUUUACAUUUUAGUUGUGUUGUCUGAGUCUACUUUCAAAAAACAUCAAGUGGCACUCUAGAUGCUUACAGUACUUUAAUAAUUUAAAAUUUGUAGCAUACCGACUAAUUUUUCUUAAAAGGGAAAAUUAGUCUAGCUGCUUGUGAAAAGUUGUGUGGCGUUCUGUAAGCCAUUUUGUUUAUCUGAUCAAAGACAGUGUUAUUUUUUUAAGAAAUGAAUUACAUUUAAAGUUAGCUUAUGGUUGAUGUUAAAUAAUAGGCUUUUUUCUAGGAAGUUAAGGGUAGGUAAUAAUUUGAGUAGGUAACAGGUAGUGCGAGUCAUAUUUGUUGUGUAGGAGUCAUUGGUGGAUUUUCUGUCUUUGUAACUAAAGUUAGAGUUAGUGUGGUUUUGCGGUCUCACUACACUUUGAGGAAGGCAGCUUUUAAUUCAGUCUUUCCGUCUGUGCAGAUGUUUUAACUGCUUCAUUUACAUGGUUAUGUAAUGAAUUCACUGCACUCUUGAUAUUUGGAAGAGUGGUAGCUACAGCAUAUUCUGAGUAUAGGUUCUCCAUUUGCAGAUGUUUUGGGUCAAAUUAAAUGUUUAAAGCAAACUUGUCGUGGUCUUCUCACAUCAACUUGAAGCUGGCGUAU